CAUCACACGGGGAAAUCGUAUUGUUGUUUAUUAGAUAAAGUACAGCUACAUUAUCAUUACCGUUAUUAUUAUUAUUUAUUAUCGUUAUUUUUAGUAUCAUUUGUAUAUUAUCGCUGUGGUUUAUGUUAUUACUAUACUACUAUCAUUGUCUGUAUCCUCAACCAGUUCACUARACAUCUAGAAAACAACAACAGUGAGCCAUUCGCAGUUCUCGUCGUUGUGACUACUGAACUUUUAGUGAUACACAUUUUAAAAUAUUAAAGACUUUUGAACGGAAACAUCAAUCGAUCUACUCACUAAACGUCAUGAUCUCCACACUACCAACCAGGGCUUUCAGAAUAUUAGUUUUUGUGACAUGGGCUCAGAGAGCUGCCUGGUGCCAAUACUACGGUGAGCAGAUAGGGGACGGCCGUAACGAAGAACAUCAUGAAGAUCAUUACGUGAAGCCACUUUACAAGUAUGGAUAUUGGGUACACGAUCCAAAAACGAAGGAUGUCAAGAGCCACUGGGAACACCGAGAUGGAGACACGGUGCACGGUUCGUAUUCGUUUCUACAACCGGACGGACAUAUGAGGGUGGUCGAGUACACGGCUGACAAGCAUAAUGGUUUCAACGCACACGUCAAAUACAUGUACGAAGGACACAMUGACGGAGGGAACGGUGACGGUGGCGGAUUCGGAGGUAGUGACGGAGGCGGAUUCGGGGGAAGUGGUGGCGGUGGAGGAUUCGGCGGUGGCUUCGACAAUCAUUUGGAAGACGCGUCGGGAAAACAGUCGGCACCMGGUGGCGGAGUCGGAGCCCGGCCCAAACAGCCGUUGCACAAAUUCUACAAGAAACCACGAACGGAAAAACACGGUGGUCAACCGGGUCAGUAUAAAAAGCCGCAACAGUUCGACGGCCGACCGAAAUCGGUGGGUGGCUACAAGAAACAGCGACUACCGCCGUCCGCGGAACAGUCGGCUGAACAUCACCUUGGUAGCAGACCCAACAGCCAUUUCGAUCAGUUGCCCAAGUUCGGUGCCCCUGGACAUCAUCACGCCAAUCCACUUGGCGGCGGCGACGGCGGAGCUAGUAAUCCUGAACGUUAUCACGCAAACCAGCUGAGUGGCAUUGGUAGCCCCGAACGUUAUCACGCAAACCAGCUGGGUGGCGUUGGUAGCCCCGAACGUAAUCAGGCGAACCAUUUGGGCAGCGCCAGUCCAUUCGGGUAUUUAGCUGAAGAACAGGGUGCCGAUCAACCGAUCGAUCACUUCUCCCGUAAGUACUCGUCGACGACGUCAGUGGACAAGUCUGCUUAUCUGACCGGCAUCCAGCAAUUGUCGUCCGAACACGACCCGGUGGUGCACCGACAGCCGGACGUCGCGCCUGCAGCGUCGACGGAACGCCAGCACCACAGCGGUUCGUCCGAGGAACGACAGCAACAGGUUCCGGAAUCUGAACUGCAGCCACCUCGACCGGUACAGGUGAACGGRCCUUCCGAAGAGCCACGYUACGACGUGAGUGCACCGAURCAGUACGACGAMGACACUGAUAACCGUUCGCGGGAACGUGAUGACAGAGACGAAAGGGACGCCCAGGACGACAGAGACGACAGAGAUUAUCGGGAUGACCACGCGGCUGAUUCUGCAGAUGAAACGGUGGUAACGGUACAAAAACAACCAUUGCGGGAAUACCACUUCGAUGAGGAACCACCAUAUCCGUUUGAAAUUCCUGAAAACGUGAAAAUCUCUGGCAAAUACCAGAAAAGACAUUCAUCCCAGCCACCACCACCRGCAAACAUGCACAGGUACAUGUCCGCAUCGUCGUACUUUCCCAGCUGGUUCGGUGGUAGCAGACAGUACGAUUAGGGAGCGUUAGGAUUGGCUAUGAGGUGAAUGACUAUUUUCCAGAGCAAUAAUAUUAUUAUAGUUGCGGUUUGUUGUAUUUUUAUUGUUAAAUUGUUUUAGUUAUUACUAUCAAUAUAUUUCCAUAUUGUUAACUCUGUAAGUAUAGCGGGUAUAAUUGCCUAUACAACUUGUUGCUAUACAUACAUUAAGGUAAAAUCGAAUAGAAUAAGGUAUCGAAGUCAAAUACAUAUUUCAUAUACGGUACCUAGUGUAUUAUUUUUAUGUAGAUAGCAUGACUCACGUUACUUAUGAUUAUAAUAAAUCAGGAUUACCUACGAAUUACAAACAACUCAUAUUAUUAUAAGGUAUAAYUAAUAAAAUAUAAGGUACAAAAAUAAUUAUUUAGGUACAUUUCAUGACUUUGUAGUUAGAUUAUUAACUAUAAUAUUAUUAUUAUAUAGCUGGUUUAUGCUAACUGCUAAGUUUYAUUAUAAGCGA